GAAUUAUUCGCGGGAAAUCUGAGUUUCGCGGGAGGACCUUCGCGCGUAAACUAUUACCCUUCAUUCAUUGUCAGCUUCCUGGAGCCAUUUUUCAGCAGCAGAGAGAAGCUUAGUAAUCUCUUUCAAUCCAUUGCAUCUUCGAGCUUCUUUUAGUGAUACGUUGCUCCAAUCAGAUGUAAAGUGAUCUAAAGUGUCUUUAUGAACGAGAUCAGUGAUCAUUUAUGCAGAAAUAUUAAGUGUUUUGACGAAAGCGACUCCCAAAUCUAAGAGGGGAAGGGUAAUUCGAAUACUAAAAUGAGAAGGGGAAACCAACCAGUCCCAGCUAAAUUAACCUUGCCUGGGACUGGGGGUUCAUCGAUAAACAAACGUACAGCGUUUAUUGGAUUGCCUGACAAUAUCGCCUGUCUGAGUUCUGGUUUUCUCCACAUUCUUGCCUCACCAACAUGUGUUUCACAGACUGCUAGUAACAGUAAUACCACGGUGUGUAUUUCAGAUUCGCCAGUUGGCAGUUUUGUAUAUUCAACUCCUCACGGACCAUCUAGCAGAUCUGUAGUAAGAUCACCCAUGGGACGGCAUCCGGCAAAGAGGAAGCUGGAGUUAGAAGAAAGUCUGCAUCCAUAUCCAUCUGAAGAAGCCACCACUCCGAAAGGCAAACGAAGAACCACAGCCAGAGGCUUAAGUAGUCCAAAAACUCCAAAGUCUCCUGCAGAGAAGACUAGGUACGAUACGUCACUUGGCCUGCUUACAAAGAAGUUCCUUCAGCUUCUGAAACAGUCUGUAGAUGGGGUUGUGGAUCUUAACAGGGCUGCAGAAGUUCUCAAGGUGCAGAAAAGGAGGAUUUAUGACAUAACAAAUGUGUUGGAAGGCAUUCAUCUUAUCAAGAAAAAGUCCAAGAAUAAUAUCCAGUGGCUUGGCUGUAGUCUAAAAGAAGACACUGGGAUGUUGAAUCGUUGCAGUGGUCUUUCAAGGGAAGUGAAUGAACUGAAUCUAGAGGAAAAAAAGUUGGACGACUUGAUAAAGAGCUGUACUCAUGACUUGAAGCUGCUAACAGAGGACUCUGAAAACCAGAGAUUAGCAUACGUUACAUACCAGGAUAUCCGAAAAGUUGGAGCUUUUAAGGACCAAACAGUGAUAGCAGUAAAAGCACCUCCUGAAACAAGGCUUGAAGUACCUGACCCAGUAGAGAACUUGGAAAUCCAUUUAACUAGCAUACAUGGACCUAUUGAAGUGUAUUUAUGUCCAGAUGAAAAUGAAACUUCUAGUCAGGACCUAAAUGGAAAUAUUACGAAGUGCCAGAAAAUAAAAGGUGAUGUCCCUUGCAUACAAGCAUCAUCAUGUCCUACGUCAGCAGUUUCCCCAUUGAUUUCACCAUCAAUUUUAUUACAUCAAAUAGAAGACCAGCACUGUUCCCUAGAGGGAGCAUUAGUAAACCUUUCGCCACCACUACCUCAUGAAGACUAUCUACUUAGCCUUGGAGAUGAUGAAGGGAUUAGUGACCUUUUUGACGCUUAUGAUUUUGAUAGAAUUCCCACAUUUGAUGAGUUGAUAUGCAGCUGAUAGUGGUAAAGUGCUAUUCCUCUGAGCCCGAUUUCUUCAUCUGUGAAACUGGAAUGGCUGCAUUUUCAGACAGGCCAUAACCAUGAGAAUUAUAAGCUGUCAUUGUCUUGAAGUUCAGCACUUUCUUGAAUUGGUGGAAUGUUUUUAAGACCAGCUGUUUUAGCCCUAUUCAGAAGAGUCUGUGGAUAAUUCUAUGGGACCUUGCAGUUUUUGCUGUCGAAAGGAAGAGUUGAAAAGUAAUGAAAGGCUUCCUUAAAGGGGGAUCUGCACAACAGUGAAACAAACCAUAUAUUGCUUUGUCAUCACCUGUCUUUGCCCUCCUGUGAAACAAGUGUUCUGUGAGCAUGAAAGUGCAGCUGAAGUGUUCCAUGAUGGAGGGAGGGGGGAGGAUCUGAUGUUUCCAUAAUUGUUGCACAUUUUUGUUUGUACCUGUAAUCCAUGUUGAAAUAUAUAAAAUUGCUUAUGCAUUGCUCUAUAGAAAUGAACAUUGUAGGCUGGGUGUCUACACAGAAUCAUGUCAGUCUGUCGAUAGCCAUAAAAUCAGUUGCAGAUAGGAAACAUGCCAAAUCAACUUUGUCAAAUAUCUGUGGCAAGUUAUUUUGGGGGAUUACAAGUCUCCUUGCACUGUCUCUUGUGAGGGUACCCCCAAACUUAAAUAUAUGUACUCUGAGGUCAAAUAUUAGUGGAGAAAAGAACUCAACGAUCUCUGAAUGCGGUUUCAGCAGUAUUCCCCCAACCUUCUGGCAUUUGACUUAAAGGUUGUCAGUAGAAUGACAUUUUCCCCAUCUACAUGGCUGUUCCAUUUAGGGCUUUCCCUCUUGACCCAGUUUCCAUUUUCAUGAACUGUUCUUGGUUUCCGGGUUGGUAAUAUUGCACCAAAAAAUUAUUUAGCAAUGCAGUACAUAUUUUCACACAGAUGCUUGGUAUUGUGCUAAAGAAUUAAAUUAUUUGUCAUUACUUUACAUUUAA